AUGGCGAUCAAAUCCCUGGAAAAGGAUGAGAAUGGCCAGGCACGUUUCUUUGGUUGUUCGAACAUCCGUGACUAUGAAUUCCUCGACAAGCUUGGAGAAGGAACAUUCGGCGAGGUCUACAAAGCAAGGUCCAAGAAGGACGCCAAAAUUGUCGCCUUAAAAAAGAUCCUAAUGCACCACGAGAAAGAAGGCUUCCCCAUUACCGCCAUCCGAGAGAUCAAACUCAUGAAGGCGCUCUCCCACCCAAACAUUCUGCAGCUCAAGGAGAUGUCAAUUGAGCGAGGCAAAGGCGAAGGACGGAAAAAGCCGAGCAUGUACAUGGUCUUUCCAUACAUGGAACAUGACUUGUCAGGACUCCUGGAGAACCCGGCAGUUACAUUCACCGAACCGCAGAUUAAAUGCUACUUGAUGCAGCUCCUCGAAGGGCUCAAAUUCAUGCAUGCAAACCGCAUCCUACAUCGUGAUAUGAAAGCCGCGAACCUUCUAAUUAGCAACGGAGGAAUUCUCCAAAUCGCUGAUUUUGGUCUUGCUCGGCCUUACGAUGAUGCCCCUCCACAACCCGGAAAGGGAGGAGGAGAAUCCAAAAGAGAAUACACUGCACUUGUUGUCACGAGGUGGUACCGUCCCCCAGAGUUGUUGCUGCAGCUACGGAAAUACACAACAGCUAUUGACUUGUGGGGAGUUGGCUGUGUAUUUGGCGAGAUGUUUAAGGGCAAGCCUAUCCUCGCUGGAAACAGCGAUCUUAACCAAGCAGAAUUGAUAUUCAACCUUGUGGGCACUCCCAAUGAAGAAAAUAUGCCCGGAUGGAGUCAACUCCCCGGUUGCGAGGGCGUGAAAAACUUCGGAAUCAAACGCGGGAACCUCCAUAACUUCUUCAAGGACCUAAACCCGGUAGCUAUUUCUCUAUUAGGCGAGUUCCUCCGACUAGACUGGAGGAAACGCAUCAACGCCAUGGAUGCAUUGAAGCACCCAUACUUCACCACCCACCCCCUCCCAGCACGACCCGGCGAAAUCCCCCAAUUCGCCGAUUCCCACGAACUUGACCGAAAGAAGUUCCGCAGCCAGCGGAUGCCAAUGCCCCCAACUCCCGACAUAGCCGUGUCCCCGGCGCCGCCCGUGGAGGCCGACCCAAUGCACCAGGAAUGCAUGGAGGCCAUGGACCUCAUGCAGCUCACGGCCAUCCGCAACGCCGCGCGCCUUUCCCACCUACACAAAGAGAUACCGGAUUACCCCCGCGUCCUCCCGCACCACACAACCCGCCAUGGGAUGGAUCGCAAUCCAACAGACCUGACCACAGAGAUGAUCGCCGAGGUCAAUUCGGACAAGGUCGCCCGGGAGGCAGAUCAGGAAACCUGGACUCUUAUGUUCCAAAUUACAGCAGCAAUGACCGCGGCAGUGACCGCGGCAACGAUCGGUCGCGAGACUCUGGCGAGUAUGGCUCGCAUUCAAAUACCGAUUGGCGCUCGACUAGUCGACGUGAUUACCGUCGGGAUCCUCCACCAAGAAGAAGGAGCCGCAGUCCCGGCUAUAGAGACGGUAGUCGAGGGUAGGGUCAUGAUGUCUAGCGAGUUCUCACUUAAUGCAUUUUACUUAGCCAAUCCGUGUGGAUGA